UAAUACUUUUGCUGAUGUUCCUGUAGCUUGCCUUAUUCAGCCUCAUUGCUUAUUUCUCUGAGUUUCAGGCAAAAAAAAUGGGUUCCAAAUCGUCUGAGAAGUCAGGAAUUAAGCACAGGAAGGGCUUAUGGUCACCUGAAGAAGACCUUAAGCUCAGAAACUAUGUCCUUAAACAUGGCCAUGGUUGCUGGACCACUGUUUCCAUCAAUGCAGGUCUACAAAGAAAUGGGAAAAGCUGCAGAUUAAGGUGGAUUAAUUACUUGAGACCCGGUUUGAAGCGAGGCAUGUUUUCGGCACAAGAGGAGCACACAAUCCUAACCCUUCACCAUUUGUUAGGCAACAAAUGGUCCCAAAUUGCACAAAGUUUGCCUGGAAGGACUGAUAAUGAAAUCAAGAACUACUGGCAUUCAUAUCUGAAGAAAAGAGUAGCAAAAGAUGAAGAAUUGGAAGCUCAAACCAGGAAUAUUCAAUGCACCACUACAUCAAGCUUAGAUAACACGGAUUCCACUUUGUCUCCUGAAGACCUGAAAAUGCCAAGUUUCGAAUCCUUCCCAUAUAUUGCAGCACCCUUGGACCAAGCUGUUGCAAAACAUUUUAACUUCUCUAGAGAGCCUUACAGGAGCCCGAUGCCGAUAUUCGCGGAGUGGCUUCCAGUCGAUCAAGAAGGCGGAAGCUCUACGAGUUCAGGUAUCUCGGAUGGAUUUAAUUUCGGUUCGAGUUCAAACUUCCAGGACCCUAUCAUGGAUGCAUAUUUAGGAUCACUCGGCAAUGAUCUUCACGAUGGACUAAGCAAUGCAUCAAUGAAUGAAAUGCUUAACUCGCAAUUCGAGUUCAGAACAGGAAACGAACUCGUGGGACUUGUAUCAGGGGAUGACAUAAACAGUGAUUUCCAUAUGAACAACGAUGUAAUGUACAUUUAUGGGCAGAUUUACAAUUUGUUUCUAUUACAGAGUUGAUACUUCUUCCAUGAAGUUGUUGC